UAUGGAACCAAUAGCUACCUUAUUGAAUAAAUACUUUGAUAAGAAGCGCAAAUAUGAAUAUUAUAGAAUAGCUCAUUUGAUUGAAGAAGAGAAUAAAUAAAAUCCUAAUAGACCACCAAAAGGUAUUGUUGGAGAAAGACCAUCACCUGUAAAUUCAUAAGAGACUUAAAAAGAAUAGGAAUCUCCAGACACUGUUAAAAGAAUAAGAAAUAUUUAAAUAUUAAAGGAUUUGAGUUGGUUAAAUAAGUCAACUUAAAUUCUUAAAAAGAAAAAUGAUGUAUCUUGUACAUUAUAAGAAAUUUGCAAAUAAUUAGGGAAUGUUGCUUUAGAAUAAUCAUCACUCUUAAUUUCUUAGGAAAAAGGUGAUGAAAUUAAACUUAACAAAUUUCUAGCUUAUAUUAAUUAAUAAACAUUAUUGAAAACAUAACAUAAAGAUAAAACUUAAUAAAUUUAAAAAUAAAUUACAAAACUAAGUUAACCUCAUGAAUAAUUAAUUUAGACUCUUAACUAAAAAUAGAAUGAAGAAAACAAAUAAAGGUUUGGUUCAUAAUAUUCUAAAUAAAAUACAGAUCUAGCUUUGUAAAUGAAUAAAAUAUAAAGAGAUAUCAAUGUAAAUUUUAUAAAGAAUUAAGUUGAUUCUCUUUUAAAAAAUAAAUAAAGUAAUGAGAAUUUGUAAACAAAAGUAGAUUUAUAAGAUAAUUAAACAUCAAAUUCAAAAUCAAAAACUAUUGUAUAACAUUAACCUAAAAUAUCAACUUAAUUAUUUUUAACAAAUCUUAGAAAAAACUUUUAGUCAAUUCCUCAAAUACCUAAUUCCCAAAAUUAGAAUCCUAUUUUAUCUCCUACAUAAAACCAUAAUAAAUAAAAAACUUAAACAAAUAAUAAUUAAAUAUCAAUUGGUAAUAUUAUAUAUAUAUAACUUUUAGGUAAGUUGAAUCUAAAAUAGAUUUCUAAAUUAUUUAUUGAAGAAGAUCCCACAGAAUAAGAAUUAAAAUGGAAAAAUGGAUCCUAAACUCAUAGACCACUUUCUAGUACCAAAAACUUUUUCUCAAAUAGGAAUAGUCCAACUGUAUCAAGAGGAGUCUAAUAAGAAUAAAAAAACAGUUAAAUGAAAUAAACUUCAGGUUUAAUCUCAGCCUAUUCUUAAAUAUAAUAAUAAUAAAGCUAAAAAAGUAUUAAAGCUGCUGGUUCAUCUACUAAUAGAAAAACAACAUAACCAAAUAUUCAUAUUAGAUAUACAUCUAAUUAAGAUAAGAUUAUCAAUAUUAAUAUUAAUAUUAAUGAUAAUCUAUAAAAUUAAAAAUAAUGUACUUAAAUUUAUUUUAUUUUUAGUAAAAUAAACGAAGCAUAAAAAGAAUCAAUCAGAAGGUAAACCAAUUCAUCUAAAUACUCCUUUAUUGGAAGCUCCAUAAAAUUUUGUAUGUUUAACAGAUAGAGCAGGUUAAGGUGAGUUUUAGUUUAAGAACAGUAUAGCAGCAUCCUGUUAAAAUUCACCAAAAACAUAAAAAUUAAAAAGAGUUGGAAGUGGGUUAAGUUCAUUAAAAAAUUCAGGAAGUACUAAGAAUUCAUUCAUCUAAUAAAUGGUUACUUAAGUAUCAAAAUAAUAACAAAGAUAAGAUUUCUUUUCAUCAUAAUUCAGAAAACCUUAUUGA